ACAGUUAGUGAAACCCAGUCGUUAUUAAAGGUAUUUGUUCAUAGGUGUUUCUAGAGCUUCUCUGUUAUGUGGUUGUGUGUGCGGCGCAGGCUCGAGAGAGACGGAGCAGGAUCAUGUUUAUUAAAGCAGAUUUGACGGGACUCUACAGCGAAGCGAGGGACAUUGUUUUGCUCUCGGUCUUCCUGGCGAUUUUGCCCGGUGUGUCUGGUGAUGCAGGUGAAACAAAGAAACGGUCCGUUCUGGAGGGAGAUUCUGUUACUUUACACACUAACCUUUCUGAAAUACACAACGUUGAUCUGGUGAUGUGGAUGUAUGGAGCUCAGAGAUCUAUUAUCGCUAAACUCAAUGGCAAAAACCAGAUUAUUUCAUUUUAUGAUGUUGAUGACGGGAGAUUCGGAGACAGACUGCAGCUGGACAAUCAGACGGGAUCCCUGAGCAUCAGCGACAUCAGGACCAAACUCUCUGGAGACUACCAGCUCAGGAUCAUCAGCAGCGAGACCUCGUACAAGACAUUCAGUCUGACUGUCCACGAUGUGUUUUUUGCUGGUUUAACAAACAAGAAAGAGGGAGACUCCAUCACUCUUCAUACUGGUGUUCAUGAAAUACAGAAACAUGAUGUGAUUCUGUGGAUGUUCGGACCGCUGAGUCCAGACACGUUUAUAGCUGAAAUCAACACAACACUCGGUCAGAUCUCAUAUAGUGAUGAUGGGAGACUGAGAGACCGAGUACGGCUGGAUGAUCAGUCUGGAUCUCUGACCAUCAGCAACAGCAGAAGCACAGAUACAGGAGUUUAUCAGCUGCAGAUCACCAACAGCAAAGAGACCUUCUACAAGAGAUACAAUGUGUUUGUCAUGCUGCUGAACCAGGUCUGUCUUCAGGUGGUUUAGCACUGAUCUGUGUUUGUGUGCUGAUGAUUGUGGCUGCAGCUGGAAUCGCUGGAGUGUGUUACUCUCGCCGAAAGUAUUCUCGACUCAAGGGAACAGAUGAAAUGAAGACAAACGAAGUGGCAGAGGGAGAUUCUGUCACUCUACACACUGGUAUAAAUGAACCACAGAGAUAUGAGCAAAUACUCUGGAGUUUCGGACCUCGAGGCUCAGUCAUCGCUCAGAUUCCUGAAAGGACCAAUGAGACUUCAUUUCGGGAUGAGGAGAGUUUCAGAGACCGACUGCAGCUGGACAGUGAGACUGGAGAUCUGACCAUCAGAGACGUCAAAAUCACACAGUCAGGAGACUAUCAGCUGAAGCUUAUCAGCGCAAGAGAGACCAAAUCCAAAACAUUCAAGCUUAUUCUCUAUGUGGACUCGCUGCGAUUCUCGGAGGGAGAAAACGUCGCUCUAGACACCGGUGUUAGUGAAC